CACGUGUUCCCCCCUGUCCUGUUCGACAGCUUGACCACGUAUGUCGAUGUCAGGAUUCAACACACGGCCAAGGAAGGUGAGUCAACGCUACUGUCCACAAUCUUAGUCUCUCCACACCUCUCACAUCCAUUUCUGAGACACCCUCCACCCUUGACCCCACCCUCCACCUGGGUCUCUUAUCUUAUUUUAUAAUGUAGAAACAAUCUUUUGUGACAACGAUGUUGAAAGACUUGUCAUACUCAGUAGCGUAACUAGGGAUGGGGGGGGGGCGGGGUUGCAAUCCGUAUAGGGGUGACACGAGAUGGAAUAAAGUACAUUUGACAGAGCUCAGUUUCAUAGCAGGUCUAAGAAGUAAAUGAGCAAGGUGCCAUUAGUGAAAGGUGUCACCAGUGAAAGGUGUCGUCAGUGCAAGGUACUAUCAGUGCAAGGUGCAAUCAGUGCAAUGUGCCAUCAAUGAAAGGUGCCAUCAAUGAAAGGUGCCAUCAAUGCAAGUUGCCACAAUGCAAGGAAUGUGCCAUCAGUGCAAGGUGCCAUCAAUGCAAGGAAGGUGCCAUCAGUGCAAGGUGCCAUCAGUGCAAGGUGCCGCCAGUGCAAGGAGCCAUCAGUGCAAGGAGCCAUCGGUGCAAGGUGCCACCAGUGCAAGGAGCCAUCAGUGCAAUGUGCCAUCAGUGCAAUGAGCCAAUAGUGCAAGGUGCCAUCAGUGCAAGGAGCCAUGAGUGCAAGGUGCCACCAGUGCAAGGAGCCAUCAGUGCAAUGUUCCAUCAGUGCAAGGUGCCAUCAGUGCAAGGUGCCAUCAGUGCAAGGUGUCAUCAGUGCAUGGAGCCAUCAUUUCAAGGUGUAAUAAGAGAAAGAUACCAAAAGACAAAGUUGACUAAGACGAGGUCCAUAGGGGAUAAAGUCGUAAUGGGAUGGCACCAUGAGUUUACAGCACUGGUGACACUAUAAGUUUACAGCACUGCUUGACACUAUGAGUUCACACCACAACUUGACACCAUGAGUUCACACCACUACUUGACACCAUGAGUUUACAACACUGGGUGACACCAUUAGUUUACAGCACUGGUGACACCAUUAGUUUACAGUACUGGUGACACCAUUAGUUCACACCACAACUUGACACCAUGAGUUCACACCUUUACUUGACACCAUGAGUUCACACCACUACUUGACACCAUGAGUUCACACCACUACUUGACACCAUGAGUUCACACAACAACUUGACACCAUGAGUUCACACCACUACUUGACACCAUGAGUUCACACCACAACUUGACACCAUGAGGUCACACCACAACUUGACACUAUGAGUUCACACCACUACUUGACACCAUGAGUUCACACCACUACUUGACACCAUGAGUUCACACCACUACUUGACACCAUGAGUUCACACCACUACUUGACACCAUGAGUUCACACCACUACUUGACACCAUGAGUUCACACCACUACUUGACACCAUGAGUUCACACCACUACUUGACACCAUGAGUUCACACCACAACUUGACACCAUGAAUUCACACCACAACUUGACACCAUGAGUUCACACCACUACUUGACACCAUGAGUUCACAACACAACUUGACACCAUGAGUUUACAGCACUGGUUGAAGCCCUCACCUUUUUUUCCCCUUGAUGAUAAAUACAUUUUGUUAUCGUUUGUUUUACAGGGAUCAUCAACGUGUUUGACAAACUGAAAUUGGAGAAUUAUCUUUCAGAACACGUAAGUUAAAUAUAAAUCUAAGACGUAUCUUUCAGAACAUGUAAGUUAAAUAUAAACGUAAGACUUAUCUUUCAGAACACGUAAGUUAAAUAUAAAUCUAAGACGUAUCUUUCAGAACACGUAAGUUAAAUAUAAAUCUAAGACGUAUCUUUCAGAACACGUAAGUUAAAUAUAAAUCUAAGACCUAUCUUUCAGAACACGUAAGUUAAAUAUAAAUCUAAGACGUAUCUUUCAGAACACGUAGGUUAAAUAUAAACCUAAGACUUAUCUUUCAGAACACGUAAGUUAAAUAUAAAUCUAAGACGUAUCUUUCAGAACACGUAAGUUAAAUAUAAAUCUAAGACUUAUCUUUCAGAACACGUAAGUUAAAUAUAAACCUAAGACUUAUCUUUCAGAACACGUAAGUUAAAUAUAAACCUAAGACUUAUCUUUCACAACAAGUAAAUAAAUAUUAUCCACGAAUCAUGAAUUAUCUUCCCCGAAACACAUACGUGAUUUAUAAUACCUUGUCUUUCGAAUUAUCUUCAAAAAGGUAAGUUACAUAUCAAUCGAUGACGCAUGAGUUCACAAAGAAUAGAUUUGAAAAUGUCAAAGUGUUACACGAUUCCCAUGUUUAAAGUGAUGUAAUUUUUAAAAAAGUUGAAGUUAAGAUUGUCAAUUUAAAAAUAAUUAAAGUUAAAAGAGACUGAAGGUAUUAUAACAGUUUCAUAUGUUCCCAUAACGAGGCUUCAAUAUAGAGUUUUUAAAUAUACAUUUUUUUAUUAUUAUUUUUUUUUUUUUUGCGAUAUGUUAAAGGCGAUGGAUGCCAAGAUAUACUGACUGUGUAUUUGUUAACGAUAACUGCAAUAAACAAAAGAUGACGUCAUGAAACUGACACCCUCUCCCUUUGCAGAAAAACCUGAGCCUCAUCGCCAAAUGCCGAGCAAGCGCAAACUGUGAGAUUGAGCAGAGGCAAGACAGCAACCAGUCCGUGUUUGAAAGAAACGCCCCUGUCCUCAUAAUGGUAAUCAUCAUUUGCAGCGUCUGUCUGGUC